GGUUAAGGUUAGAAAUUUCAUAUUUUAUUUGCAUUUUGUACUAAAUCAUAGACAGCUUUGGUAAUAAAUCGACCAUUAAUAUAAAAUUAAAAAAGUUAUUUAGAAAAAUCUUAAUCUGUGAGUUAAUACAAUGAAACCAACAAUUGUUGCUGAUGAAAUGUUUCCAGAAGGUGCGGGUCCUUACAUGGACUUGGAAGAGGCAGGUGGAUCAAGUGGACUGUUAAUGGAUCUUGCAGCAAAUGAGAAGGCUGUUCAUGCAGAUUUUUUCAAUGAUUUUGAUGAUCUAUUUGAUGAUGAAAAUUUGAACUAAUUUAAUUGUGAUUGGUACAAGUAAAAUAAGUUACAAUG